GAGGUGGAGGUAGGAGGGGCAGAGGGAAACUGGACAGACCUGAACUGGCCACAGCUUGGAGCUGCCCGGGGCCAGCUCCCUGCCUCAUUGUUCUGCUGAGAAGUGAGCCAGCCUCUUCCUCCGUGUCACAGGCUCAGGCGAGGACAUGCGAGGCUCCCUGUGACCUCAGAGGGCUCCACCAGGUCUCAGUGGAAUGAUGUUCAAGGCACUGCCCAGACUUUGGAGGCAGAGACCUCGUUACGCUGAGCUCCUAAUGUCCCGCAUGGGAGGGCAGUGUCUUUCGAGGUCUUAACCGCGCUUGCUGUGAGCUUUUACAGGCACCGGCUCUCACUCAUUUAAACCAACCCUUUUCUCCGAAGUCACCAUCGCAGAAUUGUUUCUUGAAGGAUAUUUAGGCCUAAACAGAAGCCCACUCAUUUUGAGCAGAAUUUUAGUAACAUUUUCUAAAUCUAGAGAUUUGAACAAAAACAGUUGGGAAAAACUGUGGACGUGUGUUCAACAGGUCUCGUGGGCGCUUGCUCUGUGCUGGGUUGUGACCCAGGUAACGGGAACGGGGCAGUCCCCCGCAGUCCCGUCCUCUCCCAAGCUCACUGUGAGAAUGACGCCAGCUGCUACUCACUGAACGUCUGCCCCAUGCCAGGCUGGUGCUCAUCCCUGCGUCUUAGCUGGGGAAGGUGAGGGAGCCCAAGGUCAGCCAUGGGGCCAGGUGACACUCCAGGUAGAACGAGUAGCUGAGACAUAACGCGAUCGGUAAGGCCCCUGGGAGCAGAGGUGGGUCCUGGCUGGAGCAGAGGGCCCUCCACUCCCUCCCUGGGGGGAGAUGGAGGGGUGGAGGGCGGGGGGUGAAAGCAGGGCAAGGAUUUUUAUUUAUCUUUUCUAAAAAUCGUGUAAAGGAAAAUCAUUGAAAAGGGUGUGUUUCAUUGAGCGCUCGCUCUGUGGGGAGGGCAGUAGCGGACGUGGGGACGUGUCCUCCCUGGGUGGACUCAGGCCUGUGCCGUGCAGGUAAGUCCUCCAGAUUGGCACUGCUCGCCAGGGCGUGUCUGUUACCCCAGGAAGUUGUUCGAAGGCAUUAAAUAAAUGUCAGCUUUUUUGAAUCGGAUUAAUAUUUAUUCAAAAGUACCUUUAAAAAAAAUUAUAACCUAUGAAUCUUCAAUAAGUUUAAAACAACAAUCCGUGCUGCUGGGUGUACUGGGAAUCGUGUGUUUAACACAUUGGUCCAAAAGAUUCCUCAUUGCAAACGUAGAAGAAAAACUGAAAAAUAAGACAAGCCCCAAGGUGGCCUUGGGACAGGAGACCAGGCCCACCUGGCGUGCCCGGCCCCGUCCAGCCCACUCCUCCCUCCUCCGCUCUCUGCCUGUGGCCCUAACUUCAGGAUGGGGUCCCUUCCCAUGGCCUCUGAGGAACGAAGAGGCAGGUAGGAGGCGCAGUUCGUCCCCGUAGCGCUAGGCGCAUUUCGAGUCAGUUGGGAAGCCACAGAGAGAUGAGUGGCGUGGGGCCUGCCGUGCCGUCUGGUCCGGGCCCACGUUCCUCUCAGUUCUCGCGGCCCUAACGCGGCCUGGGCCGGGGUGGGUGCACCGGACAGUCGGGCUCCCUGGCGGCUCUGGCAGUGACCGCGGGCGGAGCCGCCUCGCGUGAAUGUUCGUGAAUGCCAACAUUCGUUCUGUGGGGCGCUGCGGUUUAGGGUGUCUGGGCUGGUCUGUGGGAGCCUUCCAGAGGGAGACAGCUCGGGGGCUUGAGAACAUCGUGUGAAAUGCAUGUUCCUGAUCACUGACCAGGCGCCCCCAGGGCAGACACUCUCCCGCCACCUGGUGGCCCUCGCGGUGGCUGCGCCCUGUCCCUGGCAGGCCAGCUGUGAGCUGGGCUGGGUGACAACCACAAAGGGUUCCCUCUGCCGAGGACUCCAUGGCGCCAUUGUCAGAACACCUGACGUUUCAACUCCUCCUCCUCCUCUUAGAGACCUGAGCCUCGCCGGAAGGAAGAGGGGACAGGAGACGCAGCAGGCCAUCGCUCCUCACUCUCUCGCUGUGCAGAGCAGGGGCCAGGGAGCCCCCCGGAGCCGGGAGCGAUAACCUCUGCACGAGGCGUCGGACUCGAGACCGGGGCUCUCGGCGCUCAGUGCGUAAAUGGCUCGGCUCCCCGCCGGCAUCCGCUUCCUCGUCUCCUUCUCCAGGGACCAGUGGUAUAAAGCCUUCAUUUUUAUUUUGACGUUUUUGCUGUAUGCGAGUUUCCACUUAUCCCGAAAGCCUAUCAGCAUAGUCAAGGGCGCGCUCCAUCGGUACUGUGCGGCCGUGAACGACGACGAGGUCAGAUUCGACGGCCAGAGCCAAAAAGCCAGUGACAGUCCCCCACACCAGCUCCCGGACAAUGAGACGGACUGCGGCUGGGCCCCGUUUGGUCAGGACAACUACCAGCAGCUGCUCGGGGCCCUGGAUUACUCCUUCCUGUGCGCGUACGCCGUCGGCAUGUACCUCAGUGGCAUAAUAGGGGAGCGUCUGCCAAUUAGGUAUUACCUAACUUUUGGGAUGCUGGCCAGCGGCGCCUUCACUGCCCUGUUUGGGUUAGGGUAUUUCUACGAUAUCCACAGUUUCGGAUUCUACGUGGUAACUCAGGUCGUCAACGGACUGGUGCAGACCACCGGCUGGCCCAGCGUCGUCACCUGCCUCGGCAACUGGUUCGGGAAAGGCAGCUUGCAGCUGGCGUCCUUCGAGUGCCGGCCUCGUCACCCGGGAAGCCGGGGCACCUGCAGCUCCUGCGUCUCUGCUGUCGCCACGGUCAGCCUUGAACUUGAACGCGGGCUCCCAGGCGGCCUGCAGGGGGGAUUCAGACACCGCAGGCACUUAAACCGGUUCACCAGAAGCUGUAAGGUCCGGGAUCUGGGCGCUGGGGGCGGCCGAAGCCGUUCGGCAGGCGCCCCCCUGGAUCUGGGCGGAGAUCCGAAGGACGUCGCCUGCUCCUCCACGCCGGUGGCGUCACCAGCCUGGUCCUGUCUGUGCAGUGUCCGUGGGGAACAGAGUGGAUGUGGCGCCACCUCGCAUGGGGGCAGUUUGGGAAUGGGGCGAAUCACUGCAGUCUGGGGGAGGGACUUCCUCCCGGAGGGUGACCGGAGGCUGGGAACCGGCCAUGCCCGGAGGAGCGGGGACAUCCUGGCCUCGCCCUGGGCGGACGUCACCGUGUGGCUGCGGAACGGGGUGAAGCAUUCGAAAAGCUGUGAGAACGGGGUGCACAGGUUCAGGCUGCAGAAGCAAGCCUCGCCCGCCCAGGACCCAGAGGUGCAGUGCUUGCUGCUGGCGGACGGGAAGCAUUCUGCCCAUCAGAGCCACGUCGUCAUCCUCCCCGGCAACGGCGGGAGUGGCAUGGCCGCCAUCAGCUUCGUCGGGGCCUUGAAAAUUCCCGGCGUGAUCGAGUUCUCUCUGUGUCUGCUCUUCGCGAAGCUGGUCAGCUACACUUUCCUCUUCUGGCUCCCUCUCUACAUCACAAACGUGGAUCACCUGGAUGUCAAGAAGGCCGGGGAGCUGUCCACCUUGUUCGACGUGGGCGGGAUCUUCGGCGGGAUCCUGGCAGGAGUCAUCUCAGACCGGCUGAAGAAGAGGGCCUCCACCUGUGGCCUGAUGCUGCUGCUCGCAGCCCCGACGCUGUACGUGUUCUCCGCCGUCAGCAGAAUGGGCCUGGAAGCCACCGUCGCCAUGCUGCUCCUCAGUGGGGCCCUGGUCAGCGGGCCAUACGCGCUCAUCACCACCGCCGUCUCCGCCGACCUGGGCACGCACAAAAGUCUGAAAGGGAAUGCGCACGCCCUCGCCACGGUGACGGCCAUCAUCGACGGGACGGGGUCCGUAGGAGCGGCCCUGGGCCCCCUGCUGGCCGGGCUCCUGUCGCCGUCGGGGUGGACCAACGUGUUCUACAUGCUGAUGUUCGCAGACGCCUGUGCCUUACUGUUCCUGAUCCGUCUCAUACACAAGGAGCUGAGCUGCCCGGGGUCGGCGACGACGGGCGACCAGGUUCUGUUUAAGGAACACUGACCCCUCGGGUCCUGCAGAGGGGGCCACAUCCGUCCUUCACAAACUGUCUCUCAAGGAAAAGUUCAGAUAAAGGAUCCUGCGUCGAAUGAUUUGCUCUCGCCUUUUGCACAUGCUCCCGGAAAAGACACAGAAGCCACCUUGAGAGUUCCCGGUCUUUCAGGCGGCCGGGAACUCGGGGCAGCGGGCAGCUGGCGGGCGCCGGGGACGCUGCGAGGC